CGAAAUGAUAAAACACAAAAUCGAUUGCACUUUUCAAGGUAGCUACACAUUAUACGAAAACUGUGAUGUGGCGUACCCACCUACGUUCGUUACGCAUUUUUUUAAGCUUAUCGUGAUAUAUUUUUUUUAUUUUCAUAAAGCUCGCAUCGCACGAUGACUUCGGGACAAGAAAACGAUUAUAAAGCGAAAUUAAUUGCAUCUGUUAAAAAAGAAGUAAAACAAGUAAUGGAAGAGUCCGUAACGAAAAAGUUUGUACACGAGGAAUCGGGGUCGGUGACGUCAUUAUGUGGCGCUGUCGAAGCUUGUUUAUCGCAAGGAUUGCGUAGACGAGCGCUAGGAUUAUUUAAAACUUCGUCAACAACUGCCCUUUUGCACAAGAUAGCCAAACAUAGUCCCGAAGCUGCUUUAGUUUCUAAGAAAGUGAUAGAAUUAGAAAACUUAGAUCCGAACCGAAGGUCCUCCAGUAGUAGCGAUAGUACGACAAAGCCGACUUUGAUGAAGAAUUUGUCACUCCAAAACGUAAACUUACUUCCCAAGUACUUGUGGAUUAGAUUGGCACUUUUUGAAAAGCAGCUUUCGCGUAUAAUAGAUUACUUGGUGACCAAUGCGGGUAGGUACUACGAUAAGGAUGCCUUGGUUGCAGAUCCAGACUAUGGAAGCAUUUUGAGUUCCUUACUCGUCGGACCCUGUGCUUUGGAUUAUUCAAGAACAAAAACCGCCGAUCACUUCUGGACUGAUCCACCCGCCGACGAACUGCUGCAACGGCAUCGCAUAUCAAGCAGCCACUCCACGCCUCCACCCGUAAGACGUCCAAUCCCGAACUUUCGACGGUCACUAAACACAAGCUCAGACGAAUCAAGUAACCGUUGCCAAACUCAACACUUAGCCAAGGAUUACGUGGAAAGCCUACACCAAAAUUCACGCGCCACUUUACUAUUCGGUAAAAAUAAUGUUCUAGUAACACCACCUAAGGCGGGCCAAACGGAGCCGAUGCCAGGCUACCUCAGCCUGCAUCAGAGCGCCAACUGUCUCACCAUCAAAUGGACGCCCAACCAGCUAAUGAACGGCUUCACGGAGAGCGACGUGCCCGAUAAAAACAUCUACUGGGAUUACGCCAUUCAGGUCAGGCUCGACGAAGUCGUCUACGUUCACUGUCACCAAGACGUCGAAACAGGCGGGACCGUCAUCUUGGUGGGCCAGGACGGCGUGCAACGGCCUCCCAUACACUUCCCACGAGGUGGUCACAUGCUCGCAUUUCUCAACUGUCUCGAGACCGGGUUGCUCCCUCGCGGCCGUCUAGACCCGCCCCUCUGGUCGCAGCAGUCCUGCUCGGCGAGGCAUCACAAGCGCAAACGCCCCCUACCGUCGCUGGUCGAAAACGAAGACGAGCCGAAGGAUUUCGUCUUUCGCAUCGUCGACAGCAGCAAUCACAAGGAGAUUUCAGUAAAGCGGCACGAUCUAAUGAACAGAAACGGUCACGUGACGACCAAAGUUCGCGCGCAACUCGGCAGCUCGAGCACGAGCUCGGAAAGCUCGACGAAGAGCUUUAGCAUAGAGCAGAGCUGCACGAUCAACGACGGUUCUAAUAUUUGCAUACAGGCGGUGUGCGACUCUAUGAAGCGGCAGAUAAUAUCGCGCGCGUUUUACGGCUGGCUCGCCUACUGUCGCCAUCUGUCGACGGUGCGGACGCACUUGAGCGGUUUAGUACACGGCACGAUUGUGUCCGGCGAGAACGCCAAAGACGGACUGUCCGAGGCGAAGUGGGCCGAGCUUUUCGUCGAAGGCGUGCUGAGCGACGCGGAAGAGGUCUACAAGCUGACUUACUACGGAGGAGUUGCGCACGCGUUGCGAAAGGAGGUGUGGCCUUACCUGUUGGGCCAUUACAAGUUCGGCAGCUCGGCGGCGCAGAGGGAGGAGCUGUCGGAGCUGACCAAGCAGGCGUACGAGACUACUAUGUCGGAAUGGCUAGCGGUUGAGGCGAUCGUGAAGCAACGCGACAAGGAAACGCAGGCGAACGCCAUAGCGAAGUUGAGCAGCGAGAGCACCAGCGGCGAACAGGUUCCUCCCCAAAUUCAGCGCGACCUCAGUAAUGAUGUUUUUGAGGAUAUUAGCGACUACGAAUUCGACUCGAACGAAGAUCUGACCGACAACGAGGAUAAGCCGAAAAAGCUAAAGAAGACAAAACAAAACACCGUCAUCUACGAGGGAAGCGACGAAGAAAAGUCGAAACAGAAUGAAACCGAUGCCUUACCUGAUACUUUACCUCAACAAAAUAAUUGCGAAGAAGAAACCGUAGAUUUAGCGAACUUAAGACUGACAAAUCCAGUAUUAGAGGAAGCGAGCACCAGUACAACGCACACCAGCCGAAUAAUGGCGGAAGAGGACGAGGUCGAUCUGCGAAAAUUCGUCGGAAACGUCAUCGUGACGAAUCCCAGCGUUGAUAUGUCGAACUUUCCGCCGGAAGUUCAACGGAAAUGUAGCCUGGGCGCGCUCACCGAGGAGGGCGGGUCGUCCCUGGAUACGUUGGACUGCAUCGAAACGCACGGUCUGGCGUCGCCGGCUCGAAGCGCUUGCGUUUCGCCCGCCAGCUCCAACGGCGGAGUGUACUCGACCGAGCUUCUGGAGACGUUCGGUCUAAAUCUCCACAGGAUCGAGAAGGACGUGCAGAGAUGCGAUAGGAAUUAUUGGUACUUUACGUGCGAGAAUUUGGAUAAGUUGCGGAACGUCAUGUGCACGUACGUGUGGGAGCACCUGGACAUCGGCUACAUGCAGGGCAUGUGCGAUCUGGUCGCGCCAUUAUUGGUGAUCUUCAACGACGAGAGCCUGACGUACGCGUGCUUCUGCCACCUCAUGGAGCGUAUGGUCGAGAAUUUUCCGAACGGCAACGCGAUGGACUGCCACUUUGCGAACAUGCGAUCGCUAAUACAAAUCUUAGACUCGGAGAUGUACGAGCUGAUGCACUCGCACGGCGACUACACGCACUUCUACUUUUGCUACCGAUGGUUCCUAUUAGACUUCAAGCGCGAGUUGGUGUACAAUGACGUGUUCUCAUUUUGGGAGGUGAUAUGGGCCGCCCAGCAGAUCGCUUCGAGCCACUUCGUUCUCUUCCUGGCGCUGGCGCUGCUCGAAAUUUACCGUGAUAUUAUUUUGUCGAACAGUAUGGAUUUUACGGAUAUAAUUAAAUUUUUCAAUGAAAUGGCGGAGAGACACGAAGCCCAGGCGGUACUGCGGAUAGCUAGGGAACUGGUGCUGCAGCUGCAAAUUCUAAUUGAGAACAAGUAAAUUGUCGAGGCAUCGAGGUUUAUAUUUCAUGUGCCAAAGGUUCUCCCCCACCAAUUCAUAUUGGCGGUGUAGACACGCCCUCGCUCACACGAUGGCUCUACACUCUCUAUGUUAUGUGAUAAGAAAUUUAUAAACAUUUCAAUGUGCAUUUAGUAAACUAAAUAUAAACAAUGUAAAAUUUUCUUAGACAUCUGUACGAUGCACAAUACUAUUAUAUAGAAUGAUUAAAGCUAACCUAUUUUUGUGCAAAUUAUAUGUAUUUUGUAAAUUAACUGUUUCCUUUGCGAUGCGGAUGCGACAACAGUGUAUCAGGCGGCGUUGCCAAUUUGGUUGGUACCUAAAUAGAUAGACGAUGAUGUACUUUAUAUUAGUUUCCCAGAAUAUAUUCUAUUUUUUAGACUUUAUAAAUGUUAUAUCUAUAUUUAUCUUUUUUAAAGUAUAAACGUUUCUAUUAUUC